AUCUGGAUGUGUGGGGGUCAGAUUCUCCUGUCGGCCUGUUCCCACGUAGGUCACGUGUUCAGACGUCAGAACCCCAACCUGGUGGGUCAGCGGCUGGGCUGGAGGAACAUGAUUAGGCUGGCAGAGGUGUGGAUGGACGGAUACAAGCAUCUCUUCUACGAAGAACUGGCUUAUGAGUUGGGUGACUUUGGCGACGUAGCCGAGCGAGUCCAGAUAAGGAACAGUCUGCAAUGUCACUCCUUCCACUGGUACCUCACGAAUAUACUGCCGGAGGUCAAGAAAAAGAUAGACGAAUAUGGGACAUACUCCGGAUUUGUAAGUUAA